AAUUACCCCGCGCAUCAUUCCUCUCACGAAGAUCUGAACGUAAGCUGAGUGUUUGUAGUUCUCCUCAUUCUCAAGUCAUUCUCAUACUGCCUCGUUCCCCAUUCUCACUAUGGUUGAUAUCGAGAAGCCUUAUAGCAUCUCGGCCUUCAAUUCCUUGCCUGAUCUGUACCACGCACAGGAAGGCUUCAAAACCAACGGCGGACCCGAGUUGGUCAACAAUGUGCUCAGGCCUUUGAUCGUUCAGCAUGGAUUAGAAUCGACGCUUGGCGUUGGUCUGUUGCACCGUCACUUUGACCUUUCAGAUAAGGAAAAACUGGUUGAAUUCAACAAUGUAUCAACGCCAUGGAAGAAUCAGCAAGGCGACAAGCAUAGCGGAGGCCGAAUCCUACCUUGUGCCUGGAUGAUUGAUGGCAACGGCUUCGUUCCAUAUGAGUUCUAAUUCUCGCCUCUUUGCCGUGACACGAAAGCCGAACUAGCUGUCAUGACUCCAUUUAUCAACGAGUUCAUACACUGUAUCAAAGAUUCGGGAUUGGAAAAGACUAUCGGACUUCGGUUAAUCCUCGUCUCGGCUUUACUGGGGCGCUGGAAAUGACCGAAAGAAGGGCAAAUAUCAAUUUGACACCCGACCGGGUUCCAGAGGAGGCAUGGAACGGUUCUACUGACACCAUGUGGUUCUUCGAACCGAAUUAUCUACAAAAGAAAUAUUCGUGUAAAUGCAACACAGCAUCAGGACACAUGCAUAUACAUCAACCCUGAGAAGUGGAAAUGAACGAAAUCCAUUGAUUUCGUGCCAUGGCGUAUGCGCGACCGUGUUGGAUGUAGGGGGCGAUGGUCCUGAACAGUAUCAAUCAGUUCUCAAGUUGAUUUCUUGAACGCUCGAUUAUUACAUAUGUUCCUCCGAGCUGUCGUGUGCUGUGCGUCCAAUUUGUUACAUGACUGCGUUUUUCCAUUUACGCACAGCAAUCCAC